AUGGGCUUCCAAGGCCUCGGUGAGCGCACCGACGACACACGCUUCCGCAACCCGCAAUCUUCUCGAGAAGAUACGUCCUUCCUUCGAGGCAUCGGCAGCCAGAUGCAAGCGCAAACCCCCUCAGCGAGCGACGCACGAGCGAGCCUCCACAGGCGCUUCACGACCAACACCGUACCUCAAUUGUCUUCCCUAUCACCGCUUUCACCGAUUGCUCAACAGCGGAGGGCGGCCGCCGAGCCUGUUUCGGAUCUUUCGUCUGCGCUUGAGAAGAAGAAGCUUGAGUUUGAGUUCCUCCGCGAGCAGCGUCGCCGUUUCGCUGCUGAGAUGCAGUUGAUCGAUCUUCAAUCCAAGCGUGAAGAAGACGAAAUGCACCGCCUGGCUCAAGACCUCUCUCAUAUCCGCACUUCUGGUCACCAGAGCGAGCCAACAACGCCGCCGGAGUACCGUGACAACGGCUUCCCGUCCGCCUUCUCUCGUCCAAGCCGUUUCUCGUCUGCGAGCAUGACAUCACCUCCAGGCAGUAGCUUCCUCUCAAACCGCCCAAGCCGCGCUGGUUCUCAAGUCACCUCACCUCCACAGGCGUACAAGACGCAACCGAUCUCUCACAUCUCCUCAAAGUCCAUGCCGGGCUCUCGCCGCAACUCUGACGAAGAAGACGACGAAGAUCUCUUUGACUACGCUGUCUCUACUAUGAAUCCUCGCUCGGGUGUUGCCCUCAACAGAAAUUCCAUGCCCGUCACGGGCUACGACCUUCAGAACCGCUUCACCAACGAGAUGCCUGACCUUUCCUCUGUACUUGGUCACAUCAACACCGCGGGCUUUCUCUUCGGCGACGAAGAUCAUUCAGUCAAGAGGAACCAGCCGUCGCCGAACAUCAAGAGCUAUCUGCAGAUGAACACGACUGAUGACAAGUUUCCGAUCUUGGUCCGUCGUGAUGGCAGCGACAUGCAUCUUUCCGCGUCCUCCGCUGCGUUAGAUCUUGCACUCUCGCAGUCACCCGGAUCUGACGCUUUGCCAAAUGGAUGGCCGUCGUUUGUUCGCCACCGGGCUGGCCAGCACAGCAUGCCCAUGAAUCAACUCCACGACUCGGCCGCUGACGCCUACGAGCCGGAAGAAGCUGGUGGAAAUGGUGUUGUCACGCCCACCAAGAACAUGGCCGUCAACCGUCACUCACUGGAAGUGAAGUUCAGUCCCUUUGGUGAGAACAAGCGCCCUGGUCUUCUGGCCAAUCCCCCGCAUGGAGCGGCAAAUGGCAUGCCGAAGCUGCAGUCUUCGUACUCUACCAAUGACAUCCCGACCAUGAAGAACACCAAUGGCGUCAACGCGUCGGUCGGCCUGCCACAGAAGACGCAUGCAGAGCAGCAUUUCCACAACCACAACGCGAACAUGGGUCGGAUCCCGCAGAAUGCGGUGGGCAAUCGCCAGAGCAGGGACUUGUCCGGCGGCGAUUCUCAAGAACAAAAGAGCCCCUACCAGCAAAUCCACUCAGCUCUGCAUGCCGGCGCUGCACCUUUCGGUCCUACCAUGACUUCCGCGGCAGCCAACUCGGCAAUGACGUCUUCUGCAAUGGCCCAGUACGCCGCUCCGGCAUACUAUGGCGGUUAUGGCAUGGCGAUGAUGGGUAUGGGCAUGGGCAACAUGCAGCAAGCUCAGUGGAACAACCAGAUGCCGAUGUACUCUGGCGGCUAUGGAGCUUAUGGUCAAGGCUACCAGCAGUUCCCGCAAGGCCGCGUGCAUGACAACCAGUCCCGCGCCUUGGUUGACCGCCGUCGUCGACCUGAUCAUGGAGAUGACUCACGCUUCGCCAACAUGGCCCUCGAAUCUGUGGAAGACGAAAUCCUUGGCCUGUGCAAGGAUCAGCAUGGCUGCCGCUUCCUUCAGAAGAAGCUCGAAGACCGCAAGCCGGAGCACGUUCAGCUGAUCUUCGAGAAGGUCAAUGACUACGUUGUUGAGCUGAUGACUGAUCCUUUCGGCAACUACCUCUGCCAGAAGCUGUUGGAGUACACGAACGAUGAGCAGCGCACCGUGCUCAUAAACAACGCCGCUCCUCAGAUGGUGACCAUCGCUCUCAACCAGCAUGGCACUAGGGCUUUGCAAAAGAUGAUUGAGUUCAUUUCCACUCCCGAGCAGAUCCAAACCGUCAUCCACGCCUUUGGCAACCAAGUCGUGACCUUGAUCCAGGAUCUCAACGGCAACCACGUCAUCCAGAAGUGCCUCAACCACCUCAGUGCCCAGGAUGCUCAGUUCAUCUUCGACGCUGUCGGCGCGAACUGCAUCAUUGUGGGUACCCAUCGCCAUGGCUGCUGCGUCCUCCAGCGCUGCAUCGACCACGCAUCCGGUCCGCAGAAGGUUCAGCUGGUCCGUCAAAUCACCAAGGAAGCCUUUGCGCUUGUCCAAGAUCCGUUCGGCAACUACGUUGUCCAGUACAUUCUCGAUCUCAACGAGACCUCGUUUACUCACCCGCUGUGCGUCGCGUUCCGUGGCCAUGUUCCCGCUUUGUCGAAGCAGAAGUUCAGCUCGAACGUCGUCGAGAAGUGCAUCCGCGUUGCGGACAAGGAGCAUCGGCGUCUUCUGAUUGAGGAGCUCAUGCACCCCAAGGAGCUCGAGAAGCUCCUUCGCGAUCCCUAUGCGAACUACGUCGUUCAGACGGCCAUGGAUUAUGCCGACCCGGAGAUGAAGGUUCGUCUGAUUGACGCCAUCCGUCCCAUUCUCCCCGGCAUCCGCCAGACACCCUAUGGCCGUCGCAUCCAGCAGAAGAUCCAGGAUGCCGAGACUCGUCGCAUGUCCGCACUCGGUGGUACAAUGAGCGCACUCUGUGGCUCAAUGGCCGCUCUUGACCCAGUUCCAGCCCAAGCACCGCUGCAGCUCACCGCUGGCUUCCACACCGGCUUCCAGAACCCAACCUCCAGCUAUGCCACCGCUGCAAACUCCUACGGCGCCAACAUCGCAGCUCCACAGCCGCACCGCCUGAGCAACCCGCCCUUGCCGAACCACCUCCAGAACACUGUACAACAACCUUUCUUUAGUCGCGGAGGCCAGGCCAACGGCAUCAACUAUUUCUGA